AUGCAAACAAUCAUUUUCUUAACAUUAACAGUGUUUACUGCUUAUUCUGCAGAGUGUUCACCAGCUGUUGUAGGGUGCACAUCUUGCGAAACAGAUGAUCAAACCAAAUGUGAAACAUGUGAAGGAGGGUAUUAUUUGGAAAGUGGUUCAUGCACCGAAUGUGUAGCCGGUUGUUCAGCUUGUAGUGAUGCUUCUACGUGUAGUUCAUGUAGUACUGGAUAUUAUUUGGAUGGAACAACAUGCAAAGCAGAAGUGGAGUGUAGUGCUUCUGCAACAGGAUGUUCAAAGUGCAAAGCUGAUACAACAACAUGUCUUUCAUGCACAGCUGGUUAUUAUUUGGGAAGUGGUUCUUGCACAGAAUGUGCAGCUGGCUGCUCGGCUUGCACUAGUUCCACUGUUUGUACUGCUUGUACUGAUGGUUAUUAUAAAGAUGUUGAUUCGUGCACAAAAUGUGCAGAAAACUGCACAAAAUGUACUGCGGCAAAUGUUUGUUCAGAAUGUGACUCCAAAUUUGUUGGAUACCUUUCUGAUGAUAAUGUAUGUACUGCAUGUGCGGCCAAUUGCACAAAAUGUACAAAAGAAGGCUGUUCAGCUUGUGUCACUGGUUUUGUAGGAUACCUUUCUAAAGAUAACGUGUGUACUGCCUGUUUUAAAGAUUAUAAUUGUGCCACAUGUGCCGAAGACACUACAGAUACCAAUGGUAAAUGUACCAAAUGUGAUACAACAACCAAGUACAAAUACAUGAAUGGCAAUAAAUGUGAUGAUUGUGCAACUGGAAAAAUAACAGUAAAAGAUACAUGUGAUACCACUGCAAAUGUAUGUGGAAAUGGGUGUGCUGCAUGUGUGGAAGUUGCUGGAACCACAAUAACAACCAAAUGCACCAAAUGCACCGCAACAACUGAUUACAUCAAUCUUGAUGGAACAUGUGCGACAACUUGCAAAACUGGCAAAGCAAAUGAAGCUACAAUGACUUGUGAAGAAUGCACUAUUGAUAGCUGUGAAACUUGUGAAACAGUUGAAAAUGCUGAACAAUGCACCAAAUGUGAUACCAAAUACAUUGCUGCUGACAAACUUUCAUGUGUUGAUUCAUGCACCACUGGUAAACCAGUUGAAACUCCAGUCAAAAAAUGUGAAGCGUGUGCUACUGCUAAUUGUGAUGUAUGUGACAAAGACGACAAGUGCACUAAAUGCAAGACCAAUUUUUAUCUGGUGGCUGACACUUUGAAGUGUGUUGAGAAAUGUCCAGAAGGAUAUAUGACAGAUAAAACCACAAAUAAAUGCAUUAAAUGUACCAUUGAAGGGUGCGCAACUUGUGAAAAGGUAGACGAAUGCACUGCAUGUAUGGCUGAAUACAUAUUGGAAGGAGGAAAAUGCAAUGGAGCACAUGCCAUUUUCGCAAUUUUGGCUAUAGUCGUUACGGCUUUCUUAUUCUAA